AUGUCAAAGCUACUUGGAAUGAGUAUGGGUAUGUCACUUGACUUACAACAGAUUAAGAUCACGCCGAUACAAUACGAACCCGAUUGCCCAUUCAAAUACAACAACUUCGUCUAUCACCUCGUGCUUCCUGGUGACACCUUGGGUGGGCCAGUGAAUGCAGAUGGAGGACACAAGCUCCAGCAGCCAGGAUGCGUCGACAUUCCAGCAGGCACCAGGGAGUUCAUACUGCGACUCAACAACCCUGACGCCGAAGGUAUGUACCAAGAAACACGAGUGCAGAACGAAGUCGCCAUCCUCGCUCUUGCUGCAGAUGCCCUACGUCAUGUCAAUCCACCCGUAGUCCCACGCGUCUUUGGCUGGGGUGGCGCAGGUCGCAAGCAUGUAGGCUGGAUUUUGCAGGAAUUGAUGCCUGGUAUACCAAUUGGCGAGGCAUUCGGCGGAGCCAUGUCUCUUGACCAAAAGAGGGGGAUCCUCCCUGAAGCUCCCGACAAUCUUCUUUAUGAUCCUACUACAGGUCGUAUAACUGCACUCCUCGACUAUGACUUUGCAAGUAUCCUGCACCCAGCAUAUGAAUUCUUCCGCUCGUUUGGCAGCAACGGCGGCCAAUUUCUCGGUUGGUCGGGAGACACGACUCCACAAGAGAUAGCGGCUGAAGCGCUACGCAAUGCCAAACUCACGGGCCAGUUUCCUUCGCCUCUUCCAGCUCCUGGAGUAUCCGAUAAUGGUCCGGUGAUAGAUUGGGAAGUCGCGCAGGCAUGGGAGGAAGAGCUGCAGAAGAUGGAUGUGAAGCGACCAAGUAACAUUCCGGGCAUUGAGAAGUUGGCGAAUAUUGACGAGAUCUUGGGCGCCUUAGUGCCGUGGAGGUUAUGUAAUGAAGACUUCCUGAGUAUGAAUCAAGAUGAGGAUCAGAGAAUGGCACUGAGACGCAUGAGCGAGGAGAAGCUUGUGGGCUUGCUGGAUCAUUUGGGGUUUUAG